GUUCUCGUACGCCGGCAUCCCACCGAUGCGUGACGUCGAGCACUCCAUUCAGCUUGUGCCUGACUAUCGUGUUCACCACCAGGCACCCUACAGACUCUCGAUUCCCGAGGCCACCGAACUCAAGCGUCAGCUUGAGGAGCUACUGAGACUGGGUUUCAUUAAACCCAGCAACUCCCCGUGGGGUGCACCCGUCCUCUUUGCUCGCAAAGCGGAUGGAACUCUUCGUCUCUGCAUCGACUAUCGUGGUCUCAACUGCUACACGGUUAAGAACAGCUACCCCAUACCUCGUUCCGAUGAGCUGUUCGACCGCCUAGCAGGCAACUGCUUCUUUACGAAGAUUGAUCUUCGUAGCGGUUACCAUCAGAUCCGCGUCGCUGUAGCCGACCAGCCAAAGACAGCGUUCCGAUCGUGCUUCGGCCACUACGAGUUUACGGUGAUGCCAUUCGGCCUCACCAAUGCACCCGCCACCUUCCAGAGGGCGAUGAACGACAUCUUCAGGGACAUCCUAGAGCAGUACGUUCUCGUCUACCUCGACGAUAUCCUGGUCUACAGUCGUACCCUUGAGGAGCACCUCAGACACCUCCGCGACGUCCUUGACCGCUUGCGCAGACAUGGCUUCUACGCCAAGCUGAGCAAGUGCCGCUUUGCCCAGCACAAAGUGGAUUUCUUAGGACACUACAUGUCUGACCAGGGUCUCCACUUGGACGACGCGAAGAUCACUGCUAUUGCGGAGUGGCCCGCCCUCACAUUCGCCAAGCAGCUUCGCAGCUUCCUAGGCCUGACCAGCUACUAUAGUAACUUCAUCCGGGGAUAUGCUAGGUAUUCCUACGUCCUUACCUCCACCCUCCUCCGGAAGAACCCACCCUGGGCUUGGACACCCCUCCACGAGGACGCCUUCCGCGCCCUCAAGAAGGCGGUGACAUGCGCACCGGUUCUUCACCUACCCGAUUUUGAUCGCCCUUUUAUCCUUACCACCGAUGCGUCAGACUUUGCUGUCGGAGCAGUGCUUUCUCAGGUCUUCCCCUCCUCUCCUGAUUCCUCUCAUCCUCGUAUCCCUCGCGUCCCACCACCUACCCCUACCACUGCUUCCCGACUGACGCCUACUCGUCCAGCUAYUGAYRAGCCYUCUAUUGACUAUUCUCCUACCAUCGCYGMGGACGACACUGUCGAGUCUCGCUCACGUGAUUGUCCGAUAGCCUUCUACUCCCGUCAGCUCCUGCCCGCCGAGAUAAACUACACUGCUGAUGAACGUGAGGUUCUCGCAGUAGUUUAUGCCGCUCGGCACUGGCGGCACUACUUGCACGGGGCACACUCACGGGUUGCUUCAGUGUCUGUGGAGGAUGAUGUGGAGGGUACGGCGGUUGGUAAUUCCUUGCCGCUGAGGGGUCAGCUGGGUGCAGCUCACCAGUCCCAGGUCAUGUGGCGGGCCGUUGCGAGCUCCAGCUCUUCCAAACACUUCUUGAGAACAGCCGCAGUGGCUCCCAGUAAAUGGUUUUGCUGUUUUCAAUUUUUGCCGCACUGUCAACAAGCAUGGACGGGUUUCGUGGCCCUGCUUUUCAUCCUCGGAUUGCUCUAUUGGCCGUUUUCUUUUCUGGGGGACCAAAGAGUUUUCGGUUUCAGACAAGGGUCAGCUGCAAGUGGUUUCACUGGUCCCUUCUUUGGGUAUUUUGCCAAUCCCGCCAGUCUCAGAACAAAAUCAGAUAGAGUUAGAGGGACGGAACGGCAAGAAGGCACCAAACAUUUUGAGACCCACUCUGAGUCUGAGAGUAUGGAGGCAAUGAAACAGAGGCGAAAGUUUGUGACACCUGCAGUAGUAGGAGGAGAAGGAGUGCGCGGAGGAAGAGUAGGAGGAGUAUUAGUAGUAGUAGGAGGAAGACGAGGAGGAGGAGGAGGAGGAGGAGGAGGAGGGGUGAGUUCUGUCGUUGGUGUUGAUUGGCCUGGUGUUCAAGGUGAUGUGAAUGUCUCUGCAACGUCAAAGCCUAUACGUGAUUCCAAGUCUGCUCUAAUGCGGAGGAUGGGUUUUGUACUUCACCCCAUGCAAAAUGCCCUGCUGGGGGAGCAGGACCGGGCCCAGGGUCAGUACAACAACAGGAGCACGAAUCGCGUACACAACAAUUCAGAAGUCUUUGGACAUGCGCCUUCUUUGGGAGGGAAGAGCCUGAGUGGGGGCCAUUCACAGUCCGGCAAUGCGAGUGCCAGUGGCCGCAAUGGACAACCAUUGGACUUCAGUGUGCGUGGCAAAGGCUCCAGGGCGAAGUUUCGCACAUGCGCGACUUUCGAAGAGAUGGGGAGAGCUACUGAGGGAAACACCCAAGCUGCAAACCUGCGCCCUGCAAUUCCUGUGGAAUCUGUGGAUUCAUCUUGUGGCAUGUUUCCGUCCAACAUUGUCACGAUAUCUACAGAUGCGAACUACUUGGGUCAUCCUGAGUCGGUGGAUGGGAGGAUAUUCUGGCCUUUCACUACGUACAUCGAGUACUCGGACGAUCUUUUCACAAUGCAAGAAGUGAAAGUGCUUUGGGCUCGACAUCGCUGUUCUACACGCUUUGGAAGACCUCUCCAGAUGCGAAUGGACCCGUACCGAUUACUGAACCUGACAACAGCCUUCUGUGAUGAUUGGACCAGCUGGAAUGUUCCCAUUAUCUGGUAUCAGGAUACGACAGAUGCAAACGGGAUCCAGCGACUGCUCAAGAAUCAGCACCCUAACAUGAGCCAGCGAGCGGCGGAGUUACUCGGUUCACCGUUUGAGCCAGACUCCCGUCCGAAUCUGUUCGGCGAACUCAUGAGAGCGCUCCUUCAACCUAGAAGAAGGGUGGAGGAGGCUGUUGACUGGACUCUUCAAGGGCGCGGUGACCCAGAUGCGACAAUGCAUUUUCGGAUGCAAGGGCACAGGCUUCUCGAAGUUCUUCAGGUGGCAACAUUGUGCGCAAAGUCGGCAUUGGAGGCAUCGGCAGUGAGUGAGGAGCCUGGAUUCAGCAAUGGUCAGUUUGGUGGCAAGGGUACUGAUGGAAGAGAUAGACACAGUGUGGCUAUGGAUGAGAAGGACCUACCAAAAGGGGAUGAAUCAGCAUUGGCAGCUCUGGCGAAAGAGUUGGAGUGGAAGUUAGGUC